AUGAGCUCUGGUCCUCGGCACAGACUGCGCUUCCAGGAGUUCUUGCGCCUGCUGAAGCGCCUACUUACAGCUUUACCGACCGAGACUGUCGAUGCCGAACGCUAUCUCGAUCGACAUCCACAUUUCGAGCACUGCUUAAAUUCGCGUGGCAUUCUGGCCAAUCCUGAAGGUAUUGAGAGCCAUGCGCGAUCGAGUGUGAACGCCUUACCGCGUUUCUGGUUCUCGCGUGUUGGAAUCAUUGGCAUGCUCGGCCCUGUAGCGAAGAGCUUAGCACCAACUUUACGACAUCAUACUAAGCUGGGCAAAGCAGAGCCGAGCACAGCACCACGCGGAUGA